GACUAUCAUUUGACUUUUAUAUUACUUGUACAUUUUUUAUAGAUUUACUUUUUAUUCAAUUCGAAGAAAAUUAAAGUAGAAUUGGAAAAAAAAAUAAAAAGUUUUUAGAUACGAAUUUUUAUUAAUAUUCUAUCAGCUAUAAUGUCCCAAACUGGUGCAUCUGUAGCUCUUCAGUCAAAUUGUACAAAAGUGUUUAUUCCAAGAGACUAUUCCGAAGGGACUGCAGUGAAAUUUCAUACGAGGCUGCCGAGUGAAUUAGAAGGAUUAAUUGAAAGGCAUGUCUUUGAAGCAACAAUAACUAAAAUGAAUGAAUUUUUUGCUGAGGCUGAGAAAGGAUCAUGCAGCACAUAUUGUGAAGGUUGUCUAGCUUGUAUUACGGCAUAUUUGGUAUAUAUAUGCACUGAAACACAUUACGAGAAGACUUUACGAAAAAUAUCAAAAUUUAUUGCUUCCCAGAAUGAAAGAGUAUACAAUCCAAAGGGCCUACAAAUAACUGAUCCGACAUUCCGCGGUCUUAGAGUUAUAGAAAUAUCUAUUUUAGAUCGUCCCGGUCGAACGUGACUUCCGCUUUCUCACUCCACAGAAGAAUUUUUCAUGUAAAGUGGCAUAAUUUAUAUUGAAUUUUUUUUUUUUUUUGAGGACACCGUUGAUUAAUAUUUUUAAAAAAAUUUAAUUCUGCAUUAUGACAAACGGGUGCCUUUAAAAUAAUAAUAUAUUUAUAUGUAUACUUAUUUAUUUUGAGUUCAAUUUUUAAAUUGAAUUAUAAGUUCUGCAAUAUAAAAUUUAUUUACAAAAUUUUAGGGUUUUAUAAAAAAAAAAAAAUGAAAUCAGGGUUAUUUUAAAAGUUAUAAAUAUUAUAAAAUGUACAACAAAUAUGUUACAAAUGUACAAUAUAAUUUUGAAAAUGGUUUGUUUAUUCUAACUACUAAACUUCUUGUAAUUUAUAUAGAUUCAAAUCUAUUGAAUAAAGUAGGUAUUUUUUAUUAGCUUAUCUUAAUUGAAAAAAAUUGAAUUCGAAUUCCGUUAGAUUUUUGUUUUAGCAUCGAAGAAAAUAUUUUAAAUUAGAAUUACGGACCGCGAAAAUUGUGGAGUAUAACACAAAUAUAAAUUUAGUUAUAUUUAAAUUAUUCAAUGCUGAUAAACUAAAAUUAAAUUUAAAUAAUUGUAAAGUUUUUUGCUUAUAUUAUAGAAAAUUUGCUUUCGACAAGUCUUUAGUUCAUAUCUUUUCUUUGUUUUUUUUUUAAAUUAAGGAAAUUAUGUAUUGUUAUUUUUAAAUAUUCAAAUUUACUUUUCAAAAGAGAAAAAAAUAAAUGCUUCGGUACGUUGAAAGCUUUUUGAGCUCGUGUAAUUAAGUAAAGAAAUUUCUUCUGAUUUAUAAUUAAAAACAAUAAUUUAAUAAAUAAUACAUUGGCUUUAGCUUGCUUAUAUUUUUUAGUGAUUUAAUAAAGUCGAAAGCAAAUAUAUAAAAUAUUAGUGUCUUUUAUAAUAAAGGAACAAGUAAAACUAUUACAUAUUAAUAUCAACCAUCAAACAAGAUCUUUAACUUUUAAAUAGACACUGCAAGUUACUUACAUAAAUGUUAACGUUCUUGCAUAUACUUUUUAUGCGACAUAUUAUAAAAACAUUAUUCAAAAUAAUUUUAAAAUAAAGUUGGAAUCGUAAUGUCAUUCCAGUACAUUAUACUGCAUGUGUACAUAUUUGUUAUCAAGAAGAAAGUAUGUAAUUGCAUUUGAAGGAUAAAGCAUACAAUAACAAAAUAAGGAAUUAAUAAAAAAAAAACCAUGUUAUAAACAUUCAUAUAUAUUGUGUUUAAAAUUUUAGAUUAAUUUAUAAAGUAGGUAAUAUUUAAUAAAUUUAUUGAAUGUGUUUAUUUUAUAUUAUUAUUGCAGGUUACUUCAAAAUAAUUAAUUCCCCAAAGAAUUCAAACUAAAUUCUAUCACAAUUAAUAAAUUUGUAUAGAAAAGAAAUUGGGUAAUGUGUUUGACCCAGAAAUAUGAAUGAAUUGGACGAGAAACUGAAUUUGUUAUUUUCAAUAAAUAUUAAUUUAAAAUUAUUGUUUCGUAAAAGAUGAGCAAAUUAAAAUCUCUGCGCGAUAAAUAUAAGUUAAUAGGAACAAGAAAUCAGAUUGAUAAAAUAGUUCAAAAAGAAUAUUUUUCAGAUGUAUUGCGUACUAUUUGAAAUGAUCAAGAGGAAUUAACCUAUACUGAAAUUUUAAGGUGAUUUUUUCCUUUUUGUUUGUCUAAAUACCGGAGAAAUAAAAAACGCAAUAGGAUUAGGGUUAAAUGUGAAAAAUAAAGAUAUUCACAUAUUGUGUACAUCUUAAGUUUCAAUAGUCAUUCUGAAUUUAUUAAAAAAAUUUUAACCAAAUGAUCCCGAAUAAGUUAUACAGAAUAAAGAAAAUAAUUAUAACCUACAUAUACACUAAGUCCUCGAGAUACGACAUUUUUGGUUCCAGAAAUUUAUGUCGUAACUCGAAUUGUCGUUUGAGGAGGGAAAAAAUGUAUGGAAACAAAAAGUGAACUAGACAAA